AUGGCUCUGCCAGCCCCCGCGUCUUCAUCACCGACUCGUGCCCGCACCUCGUCAAGGACCGACAAGCGCGCGCUCCUCGAUGCGCUCGCGGCGCAGCUCAAGCACGAAAAGGCGCAGGCCGAGCACUGGGCCGCCAAAAUGGUCGAGGUCGAGGACCAGGUCCAGGCCCAGCACCGCGACUUCCUCGACACGGAGGAGCGCCUCUCGCGCCAACGCGACCACAACGCGGCGACGAUCGCCUCGCUCCGCCGCGACCUAGCCCGCGCUCGCCGUGCUCUCGAGGAGGCGCUCCACGUCGAGGCCGACGAGGCCGACGCCUACCUCGCGCUCCUCUCUGGCGCGGCAGGCGCACGCCAAGGUGCGCAGGACGGCAUGGUGACGGCGAGCGAGGGCGGGUUCGAGAACGACUCGGACGACCACGACCGCGACUUGCGGCACCCGCACGCCGCCCGUCCGCCCUCGCCGCCAUCGACGCGCACGAGCGAGCGCACGUCGUCGGGCGCCCGCACGAUGCCGAGCGUCGACAUCGUCCCGCCGCGCCCCGAGCGCCCGACCUCGCACAUCGUCGGCCACCGCCUCCAGCAGCAGCAGCAGCACGCGCUCCCGCCCGGUGCUCGCUCGCCCGGCGCGAGGUCGACGUCGUCGGAGCUCGCGCUCGACCGCAGCGUGUGGCGCGACUCGCUCGACGAGCAGGGCGAGGGCGAGAGGCGCGCGAUGCACCCCGAGCUCGCGCGCAACGGCGGGCGGUGGUCGAGGGUCUUUCCGGGACUGGUCAGGCGCAGGAGCAGCACGCAGACGAGGGCGUGAGGGGCGGCGAGAGGGCCCUCUUUCUCGUGUCUCUGUCUCUUUGCUCGUCG